AUGAAUUCCCUUGUGUUAGCUGUUGUCAGUUUACUGGCAUUAGCAUCAAUAAAUUGUGAAGUGUUCUUCGAAGAGAAAUUCCUCGAUGACUCUUGGGAAAAUGAAUGGGUAUACAGUGAACAUCCUGGCAAAGAAUUUGGCAAAUUCAAGUUGACUGCUGGAAAGUUCUUUAACGACCCUAAUGAAGAUAAAGGUCUGCAGACGUCUGAAGACGCCCGGUUCUACGCCCUAUCGCGCAAGUUCAAGCCUUUCAGCAACGUAGACAAACCCUUAGUGGUUCAGUUCACCGUAAAACAUGAACAAGACAUUGACUGCGGAGGUGGAUACGUCAAGAUCUUCGACUGCAAGUUGGACCAGAAGGAUAUGCAUGGCGAGAGUCCCUACGAAAUCAUGUUUGGUCCCGACAUUUGCGGACCUGGCACUAAGAAGGUGCAUGUAAUCUUCAGCUACAAGGGCAAGAACCACCUGAUCAAGAAAGACAUCCGUUGCAAGGAUGACGUAUACACUCACUUGUACACCCUGGUCGUCAAACCCGACAACACCUAUGAAGUGCUCAUCGAUAAUGAAAAGGUGGAGUCUGGUGAAUUGGAGGCCGACUGGGACUUCCUCCCGCCCAAGAAGAUCAAGGACCCUGAAGCCAAGAAACCUGAAGACUGGGACGACAGGGCUACCAUUCCUGACCCUGAUGACAAGAAACCUGACGAUUGGGAAAAACCUGAACACAUUCCUGACCCAGAUGCAGCUAAGCCAGAGGACUGGGACGAUGAGAUGGAUGGUGAAUGGGAACCUCCUAUGAUCGACAACCCUGACUACAAGGGUGUCUGGGCGCCUAAGCAGAUUGACAACCCCGAUUACAAGGGCCCAUGGGUUCACCCAGAGAUUGACAACCCUGAAUACACCCCUGAUGCAAACCUAUACAAGCGUGAAGAGCUCUGCGCAGUCGGUUUGGACUUAUGGCAAGUCAAGUCUGGUACCAUCUUCGACAAUUUCUUCUUCGGUAACGACCUCGAGGAGGCCAAGGAACGCGGAGAAGCCAUCAAGAAGAGGUUAGAGGGUGAAAAGAAGAUGAAGAGUGAGCAGGAUGAAGUUGAGAGAGAAAAGGAGAAGGCUGAGAAGCCUGAUGAUGAGGAGGACGAUGAAGAUCUCGAUGACGAAGCUGGUGAAGGCGCACCUGUGGAGGACCACGAUGAGCUGUAA